AUGCCUAAAUUGACAAAGAGCAACGUAAGUGAUUUACUUUCUUUCGCCGUCAUCUUUUCAUUAUCUAUCUAUCUAUCUAUCUAUCUAUCUAUCUAUCUAUCUAUCUAUCUAUCCAUCUAUCGAUCUAUCUAUCUCAUUCUGUUUCUAUCUCAGUCCAUUCAUAUCUAUCUAUCUAUCUCAGUCUUUUCAUUAUCUAUCUAUCUAUUUCAGUAUUUUCAUUAUCUAUCUAUCUAUUUCAGUCUGUUCAUAUCUAUCUAUCUAUCUAUCUAUCUAUCUAUCUAUCUAUCUAUCUCUCUCUCUCUCUAUAUAUAUAUAUAUAUAUAUAUAUCACUUUAUUCUUAUAGAAUUCUCAGUCUAUUCAAUUAUCUAUCUAUCUAUCUAUUUCAUUGCUAUCUAUCAUAUAUAUCUAUAUAUAUAUAUAAUGUAUUCCCCCCUCUCUUUCUAUCUAUUUCUCUGUUUUAUCUCUUAAUUUGUCUAUAUCUAUCUAUCUAUCUAUCUAUCUAUCUAUCUAUCUAUCUAUCUAUCUAUCUUAGAAUCAAUUUAAGGAAAGCCAGCAAUGCCUUAGUCCAUUUCUUUCUUUCUUUCUUUCUUUCUUUCUUUCUUUCUUUCUUUCUUUCUCUUACUCUAUCUAUAUUAAUCUGUUCAUAUCUAUCUCAAUGGUUUCGUAUGUAUCAAUCUCAACUUGGUUAUAUCUAUCUAUCUAUCUAUCUAUCUAUCUAUCUAUCUAUCUAUCUAUCUAUGUUUCCUUUCAAUCUAUUUAACUUAAUCUGUUCAUAUCUAUCUAUCUAUCUAUCUAUCUAUCUAUCUAUCUAUCUAUCUAUCUAUCUAUCUAUCUCUGUCUGUCUGUCUCUCUCUCUCUCUCUGUCUAUCUAUCUGUUUAUCUUAAUCUGUUCAUAUCUAUCUAUCUAUCUUAACUUGGUCAUAAUCUAUUUCUUUAUCUCUCUCUCUAUCUAUCUAACUAUCUAUCUAUCUUCAUAUCUAUCUAUCUAUCUAUCUAUCUAUCUAUCUAUCUAUUUUCUGUUUUUAGCUAUCUAUCUAGCUAUAUCUAAUACUAAAUUGUUCUUUCUUUCUUUCUUUCUUUCUUAG